AUGCUAGCAGAUACACGGCCCCACCAUCGUUUUGAUUCUAGUGGCCGACACAGAAGGUCACCAUUGCCUGACAGGAAUCCUGAACUUGACUCUGAAAAAGAUAACUCAGUGGAGUUUGGGCAGCGACAUGCAUCCAACCAAAGAAGCAGUUUCUUGGGCUUUGAGAUGGAGACAGAGUUGGUCUGGAACAACUGGGACCUAGGGAGAGAGUCCACCAAGACUUUAAUAAUAAGGAACACACAACCAAAGCUGCAAAGAGUAUCAUUUAGGCCACCACUUUCCAAGUAUUUUACAUCUUUGGCUCGUCAGAAAAUUGUUCUCAGUCCAGGAAUUUCGUUCUCGAUCCCAGUAACGUUUAAACCACUCAAUAGGUGUGACUAUGAAGAUACCAUUGAGUUUCAGGGCAGAAAUGACACCUUUCAAGUCCUGCUCAGAGCCCCAGUGCCAUGCCAUGCCAUUGAAGUGCCAGAUUCUGUGCUCAUGCCACUUUGCGCUGUUCAACAAAUCACACAGACCACUUUUAUGUUAAAAAAUGUCAGUAAGCUCACCACAUUCUUUCAUUGGGAGUAUUCACAACCAUUCAUGCUGAGUCCAGAGAAAGGCUAUUUAAAGCCAGACCAAGAACUUAAUAUCAGUGUGGCAUUCCACCCUCAAGAAGCUCUGAUCCAUCAACAACCUGUUUCCUGCAGGUUUGGGACUCAGGCAGACAAUUUAGAGGGCUGCUGCGCUGUUCUCCUUCAAGGAAUAGCUAAGCACCCUUAUCUUCAAUUCAAAACUCAAACCCAUCAAACGGGAAGUGACCAUAUACCAGUGCUGGAUUUUGGUGGUGUUGCAGUUGGACAAACUUUCCAUAGCCACUUUGAGAUUUAUAACCCUUCUCCUGUUCCUGUCUGGUUUACUCUUUCCCGAUUCCCUGGUGGUAUACCCCUGUUGGGCUCUGUUUUUGGGUGUGAUUUGACCAGUGCAGAGGUGCCUCCUGGAGCAUCAGUAAAGGCUGCAACCAGCUUCACUCCCACUACAGUUAAUAGUACCUCAGUCGAGUAUUUAUCUGUAUUAUUCAAAGGAGCAAUCAAUACAAGCCUUUUGAAACUAAAUGGAAAAGGUUUAGGCCCUCAAGUAUUGAUGUCUUCCUCCAUAGUGGACUUUGGUAUUGUUGAACCAGAACAGGCAGUGACACAUGCAGUAGAGCUGGUUAAUUCCUCUUUGGCUGAAGCUGUAUUCCAGUGGGAUAUUGACUGCUGUGGCUACAGUGUAUUUUCUAUCCAGCCAGCAGGGGGCUCUGUACCCCCACAGAGCCACAUCACCCUGAAUGUUACUUACAAACCCAGACAACCUAUUCUUCACUACAGGAGAGUGGCCUGUCUGAUACUACACAGGAAGCCUGUAUAUCUUAACCUUAUUGGUAACUGUCUCUCUGAGAAGCCAUUCAAACAGCUAAUAUUGGAAUCAAGCAACAUCCAUGAGACUGACCAAGAACAAGACAGCGUUGCGUGUGUGGCUGUGACUCCAAUGUUCGAGUAUUUUCUAUCAUGUCUCAGUGGCAAAGAUCCACUGUCUGCAUCUCCUCUUCUUUCUGUUGUACCAAGUGAAGUUGUUUUUAACCAGAAACUCUACACUCUACCUAAAAACCUUAAUUCUCAAAAGCCGAUCACUGUUACCAACCACAGCAAAAUAAAACUCAGAUUGGAGUGGACAGCUGGUCCAGACUUGUCCUUCUCGGUCUCCCCUCUGUUUUGUGAGCUUCCACCUCUAAAGUCCACCUCCUUCAGGUUGACAUAUUGCCCAAAGCAACUCAACACUUUGCAUGGAGUGCAAAUGGAGUGUUUUGCUUACCCUAUGGACAGUGAUCAGUGCAAUGGAAGUGUGCUACCUUCCUGUGUGACUGUGAGAGCCAUUGGUCAUUCAUAUGAACCAGGAAAAAAGCUCAGUGUACCUCAAUGUUCGCUUGGGCCCCGCCUAGUGGAAUUCCCACCUGUAAACAUUGCUUCUUACCGCUCAAUUCUCCUCCAGAAUAAAGGCAACCUCCCUCUUACCUUCCACUUAAACCCAGAGCAUGAUCAGGAGCUCAGUAAAGCCACCUCUUUGGUGAUGGUCCCCAGCUGUGGUCUGAUCUCACCACACUCUCAUCAAAUCCUCUCGCUCAGAACUAUUCCCACUGAAGACAGCCCCAAAGAAGGCUUCAAUGUACAACUGCAUUUAAAUGCUUCAAAAUGCACAGAGAAACUUGCAGUAAUUAGCAAAUCCGAGUGUCCUUGUGUAUCUUUUGAAGGUGAAGGGAAAUUGCGUUUUAACCCCACUGCUGUUUUCUCUUUGACACGUCGCCUCCACCAUAUCAGAAACCUUAGUCGUCAAGUUCUAUGGUUUCAAUGGAGGAUUCCAGAGCAGAACCAGGGGCUUAUCUCUGUUGAGCCAGACACUGGUGUGCUACAACCCAACGAGAGAUUGGGGCAGAUGUGGUCCUUCACUCCAUUAGAAGAGAAAACAUACACAUUCAAACCUAUCCUUACAAUUAGUCUAAUGCAAUUUCCAGACUAUGAUAACUUACAUCUCCCUCUUGAAGUGGCUGGAGCCGGCUGCAUUGGUUACAUACAGGCAGAAGAAGCAGUCACAGAAGUGAAAGAUGUUCUGGUUGGCAGGUGCCAGACAAUUAGCAUCCCUGUGAUAAACAAAAGCCAAUGCACUGUCUCCUUUUGUGUCACAGUGGAACAAAAACUCUUGGAUAAAGGAGUAUGCGAUCCAAAUAUUGAUCAAUGUGCCCUACAGGUCCAUAAUGAAAGGAUGACAAUUGCCUCAAACUCCACAGCCCUACUUCAGUCAACAAUCACACCACAUCAUAAAGCCCAGUACAUGUGGAUUAUCAGCUACCAGACAAUAAAUGCCAAUAGUUCAUUAUCCUCUGCCAAAUUACUGUGCAAAAUUCGCGCCAAGGGUGUGUAUCCAACAUUGCAAAUUAGUGAUGUCUGUGGAAGAGGCAGUUUGUCCCAAUGCAGUAAGAAGCACCUGUGGAGGCUCUUGUCACUGAACCAUCUGAAUGAGUCAUUACAGUGCAGCCCUUGCCCAACAGAGCUAACCUAUGCCACUCCUACCAGGCACAGCCUGAACCACACUCCCCCUGUCUUCACCAAAGCUAUUGUGAAUAUUAGCUUCAGUGCUGCCCCUUUAAAUUCAGAACCCUCAACUGUUAUGUUAAUGCUCAACAACCCUGGCACCAUCCCUGUUGAGUGGGCCUUCUUGUUCCCUGAGGACCAACAACUCGACUUGGAGUUCUGGGCGGAGACAGGGGAGUUUAGCGGCACAGAGCUUUAUCAGAUGAAGGUUCAAGACAACCACCUGUUCAAUGUUACUCCCCGCUCUGGACGGUUGAUGGCUAGUCAGCAGAGAGCAGUUACUUUUACUUACAGCCACGACUUUCCUGGAACAGAUCGGUUUCCUGUCCUUCUUAAAAUAUCUUAUGGGAGAGAGAUAAUGCUUACCUUUCAAGGCAUAACAGUGGAAGUGGAAAGACCGUAUCUUCAUUUUGCCUCAAGUACACAUGUCUUUGCCUCUGUUGCAACUGGAGACUGUAACCCUCCCAAACAGAUGUAUCAGUUGUUCAACCGGGGAGCAGUACCAGUGCAGUAUGAGGUGGACAAAGCAGUAUUUUCACAGAUCCAGGACGAAAACUUUAACCACCCGGUGCUGAUCUGUCUCAACCCAGAUGGAGAGAUCCCACCCGGGGAGGCAGCCAUGUUGAAGUGGGUCUUCUCUCCGCUGGAAGCUAAGUUGUACCAGAUGGAUAUCCCUAUUCAUGUCAUAAAUGGAGAAUCUACUAUAGUCAGGUUUGAAGGAUGUGGAAUAAAUUCUUUAACCCAGAAUCUAUCAAUGUCAAAUCACUGCACAGAUGUUUCUCUUUUACCCUGUUGGCAGAGGGAACCUUUUUCUGAGAAACCAAUAUUUCUGUCAGAGGACAGUGUUGAUUUUGGUGGCAUUGUAGUCUCCUCACAGUUGUCAAAAAUGCUCUUUCUCAACAACAACACCCACGACAGAGUUCUCUUUGAGUGGGUCCUACCUAAGCAAAACAACCAACCACAGGUGCUAGAGAUUUUUCCAAACAGAGGAGGUUUAUCCCCAGGUGAAACGGCUCCUUUGGUCCUUACCCUAUUGGCCACAAAGUAUCCCACUCAUUACCAGUUUGAUCUCAUCUGUAAGAUCACUUCUGAAGCAGCUUUUAGCCAGUAUAAUCUUGCAGUGCAAAAAAUGGAGGAAGACAGAGAAAGACUGAAACAUGAGUUCACCAUCACAGAUAAAGCCCCAAAGGAAAAUAAAGUGGUUCUGACUGAAAAGACUCUCCCUCCAAUUCGUAGCAGUAAUGAUUGUAAUACAGUCCGAUCUUUAAGUACCACAGGAUCCAGAGUAGAACGAAGGGCACUGAGGAAGUUAGCCGGGAUUCAGAAAGACCCUGAGUCUCCAAAACCAUGUCUGCUCUCUCUGUGCGUGACUGCACAAUCCUAUGGACUGCUGGAGUUUCUUACACAGUCACCUGAUCAAUUAACUUGUCAAUACAGACCCAACCAACCAGACAAGACCAAAAGCCAAAAUAUUUACAAAGAGUCAUCAACCGCACAAGGAAUAAAGAAGGACAUAAGCUUUCAUGUGGUCACUUUGCUGCUUAGAGAUAUUCUUGAAGAUGCAGCAAUAGUCGACGACCUUAUCCUGGAAUCCGUACCUGACACAUACAAAAUCCUGGAAACCCCAUCCUCAUGGCCCUCACCCGAACCUGCGUCUUCCAAUAACACAGAGCCACAGAAACUUGAUGAAAAAAGUGUCUGUGUUUCAGAGGAUGGUGCUAUAAAAUUGAAGCCAGUGCGACCGGAGCUCGCCCACCUGACAGAGCAGGUGUUACUAUGUACUCUGCAGAAUCUGAUGAUGGAAGUAAUUAGAGGAGAGUUGGACCCUACACUGCACCCCCGAACUAUCAUACUGCCAUCGUCUGCAAGGUGA